CCAUGGUUGCCAAGCCCUUUUGAUCAUGAGCUCAAACUUGAACCGUGGGUCUUUACCGAAACGAAGAUGGCACGAGGCCUUCGGCCAAAAUCUGGGCACGAGAUUUUUCCGUCGUGGAGAAGAAAAUGUGAUCGAGGAAGUCGAGUGAAACGGGAGAGGCAUCAAAAGACAUGGGCAUCGACCCUUGUGUUUCCUUCUCCAUUUGGAAACAAGAGGCGAGCAGGCUUCUACCAGUCAACGUUUCCGAUCGUGGGGCCGAGGCCCAUGCUCAUACAGAACGGGAAGAAAAUGGGGGCAAGGUGAAAAUUCUUCUGUUGGUCCUUACCUCUCACAGUCUCACGUAGUCCCUCGUCCUUGGACACGCUGCCCCGGACACCCAGCUCCAUUUACCACUGGGAUAGAUGAUAGAAGAGAAUUUUGCAGUAUCCUAGAAUAGAAUUCUAUUCGUGGGCUUGUAGUUGCUGUUCCGGUGUCUCCUUCUUGGGUUCUGGAGGCGGAGUGCGGGCGAGCGAGGGAGCGUGGCGCCGCCGGAAGACGGUAAAAGGUGGGACUGGGGAGGGGAGGGGAGGGGCGUGAUGAACGACGAAGCCCAGCAGCGGCGGUGCCUCAUGGCAGAGCUGGUGAAGUCCUCGCAGGAGAAGAAGGACGCGCCCUUGAACUGGGCUGUCGAGGUGAGCAAGCUACUUCAGCAGACAGGAGGCGGUUUCCCCUCCCUGGAGUUGGGCGACGCCCUCGUCUCCCACCUCUGCUGGGACAACAACACCCCUCUGGUCUGGAAGUUCAUUGACCAGGCUAUGAACUCCCACCUCGUCUCCUCUCUCCACAUCCUCGCUCUCCUAUCCUCCAGGAUGAUUUCUCAGAGAUGGAACCAACCGGAGGCCUAUCGACUUUAUCUGGAGCUCCUAAGCAGGCAUGCGUUCUCCCAUACCGCCAAGGACGUUGCUCAUUGCAAAGAAAAGAUGUUAAAAUCUGUCGAUGAGAGCCUGCACCUGUCCAGCACAUUUGGUCUUCAUAUCGUGGAUCUUGGACAAGCAACCGUUCUGUUUCUUUUCCAUGUUAUUACUAACUUGGUCAAUUGCUCAUUGGAGGAUUGGGGAUUGCAUUCAGCACAUAUCGACAAACAGGGCAGCAUGUAUAUGGAUGUUGACAUCCAAGAAAAGCUGGAUGAUGGAAGCCAUGAACACCGUAAUCAUCUACGGAAAACUAAUGCUUUUACUGCGUUGGAGGUGGUCGAAAAGCUAGUGGAGAAUAAGAAAGCCACAAUUAUCUUCCGUCUUGUGCAUUGGAACAUGCCCGAGAAAUUUAAUGAACUGCUGCAGAGGUUAGAUAUUGCUGAAUCUCAUAAGUUAACUUCAUCAGCAAGCCAGCAACUUUCAAGAAUAAAUACAAGCAUAAAGAAAAUUUUGGCUCAGGAGCAUCAAUUAAACAGGUGCCAGGCCAUUGGUGUAUUGAUAGAUGUUGGCUCCUGCGGUUACAAGUCUUGCCACAGCUUUGGAGUCGGUCGUGGUGCAUGCUGGAUUGCUUUUGACAUUUAUAUGGAAAAUGUGAUGGAUGGGAAAAAACUUCACGCUACAUCAGCGAUUGAUGUACUUGCAGAACUUAUUCGAACGCUGAAAGUGAUGAAUUAUGCUAGCUGGCAAGAGACCUUUCAAGCACUCUGGAUCUCAGCUCUUCGUCUAGUGCAGCGAGAGCGUGAACCUCUUGAAGGACCAGUGCCACAUCUUGAUGCAAGACUGUGUAUUCUGCUGUCCAUCACACCUCUUGCCAUUGCACGUGUUGUUGGACAAGGAACAGAAUCAAAUAUGCAUGUCAAUGAUGAUUCAAGGAGUAGUUUGGGGUCUCCGCAUCAGCAUGGCAUCAUUGGCAUGGAAAGGGACACAGACAGUUCAAUUAGACAUGGUCUAGUUUCUGCUCUUCAGAUACUAGGACAAUUCUCAGCACUUCUGUCCCCUCCUCCGUCUGUGGUCAUUGCUGCUAAUAAUGCUGCCGCAAAAGCUUCGAACUUUAUUACCAAUUUGAAGGGUGGGAAUGACAACUUUAGUAGCGUUAAGCAUGUCGAUACUUCUAUUAGGCCAGUUGGGAAUAUGCGGCACCUCAUAGUUGAAGCAUGUAUUGCACGAAAGCUCAUUGAUACAUCUUCCUACUUUUGGCCUGGUUAUGUGAGUAUGUCACCAAAUGCUUCAAAAGACUCGAUGGCAACACAAGGAUCUCCUUGGUUAAACUUCAUGGAAGGGGCUCCAUUGACCAUUCCACUUAGACAGGCACUCAGCUCAACUCCUGCUUCAAGUGUAUCAGAGCUUGAAAAACUGUAUCAUAUUGCUUUGAAUGGAGUAGAAGAUGAGAAAUAUGCUGCAGCUAAAAUUUUAUGUGGUGCAUCUUUGAUACGUGGAUGGAAUAUCCAGGAACACACUGUACAAAUCAUUGUGAAACUUUUGUCACCUCCUGAACCACCAAACUUUUCUGGAUCUGGCAGCCACUUGGUUGCUUAUUCUUCUGUGCUUAGUGCUGUUCUUUUUGGAUUGUCAUCUAUAGAUACAGUUCAUAUUCUUUCAUUAUAUGGCAUGUUACCAGAAGUUGCUGCUUCUUUAUUGCCAAUCUGUGAAGUGUUUGGUUCUCUGGUGCCCUCUUCACAUUAUAAGUUAAGUAGUGGAGAUGAAACAUCAUCAUAUGCCAUUUUCUCGUGUGCGUUUCUUUUUCUACUUCGUUUGUGGAAGUUCUAUAGGCCUCCUCACGAACACUAUGCAAUGGGGCAUGGUUCUCCCCUUGUUUCAGAAAUGACUUUGGAAUACUUGUUGUUGUUACACCAUAGUCGUCUCACUUCAUGCACAUCUAGAGGUAAUACAUUUGUGAGUAAACAGAAUUCAUCAGGUUUGGCUCGACCAAUUUACGUUGACUUGUUUCCCAAGCUAAAAUCUUGGUACUGCCAGAAUCAGGCCUGCAUAGCUUCCACACUUUCUGGACUCUCUAAUAGAAACCCAGUUCAUCAGGUUGCUAACAAGAUUCUGAAUAUGAUUUUUCGAAAAAUGAACAAAAGUGGAACAUCAACUUCUGUUCCCGGCACUCCUUCAAGCGGGAGCCUGAGUAGCUCAUCAGGGAAUACGAGUGAUGAUGUCAACCAGAGACCCGUGAUUCCUGCUUGGGACAUGCUAGAAGCCAUUCCUCUUGUUCUUGAUGCCAUUUUAACUGCAUGUGCUCAUGGAAGGCUUUCUUCUCGAGACAUGACAACAGGCCUGAAGGACCUUAUCGACUUUCUCCCUGCUAGUCUGGCCACCAUAAUCAGCUAUUUUUCUGCAGAAAUAACUCGUGGUAUCUGGAAGCCUGUUUUGAUGAAUGGAACAGAUUGGCCUAGUCCUGCAGCAAACCUUCCUUCUAUUGAGGCUGAAAUGAAGGAGAUUCUUGCUCCAACUGGUGUCAACGUCCCCAGCCCUUACACAGAUGGGACCAUACAAGCUAUGCUUCCAUUACCCAUGGCAGCUCUGGUCAGUUUGACGAUAACAUUUAAGCUUGACAAAAGUUUGGAAUUUGUCCAUGGUGUGGCUGGAUCUGCUAUGGACAGUGCUGCCUCUGGAUGUCCUUGGCCUAGCAUGCAUAUAGUUGGAGCACUAUGGGCACAAAAGGUUCGUCGUUGGCAUGACUUUAUUGUCUUCUCUUGUUGCCGUUCUAUUUUUGGGCAGGAUAAAGAGGCUGUCACUCAGCUUUUAAGGAGCUGCUUUUCAGCUUUCCUUGGAUCCAGUUGCCAAUCGAAACUAACUGCCUUUGGAGGUGUCAGUGCAUUGCUUGGUAACUGUAUUGGUGCACAAGCUGUUGAUUCUGGCCGAGCAGUGGCUCCAGGUUUCUUUUAUCUCCGGACUUGCACGGCCAUCCAUGAUAAAGUGUUUCUGUCUGAGGUAAUACUCAGGCUAGUGAUUGAAUUCUCCCGCGAGUUGGCUGUUGGAUGGACCAUAACGAGCAGUUCAUGUACCCAGAUGGCCAGGAGGCUUAAGUGCAGUAGGGUGUCUCUGGCAGCUGCAGCAGCAAAAGUUAAAGAAAUAGCAACGCUUGGUGCAAGCCUAUUGUGCGUUUCUGGAGGAGGCCAUCUCGUGAAAGUAUUGUAUCAGGAAACUUUGCCUACAUGGCUGCUGUCUGCCAAUGAGAAGAAAACCAAGAGCAUUGGUCCAGUUUCUUCAAUUUUGGAAGGAUAUGUAAUGGCAUACUUGGUAAUCCUAUCUGGUUCAUUCAUUUGGGGGGUAGGGAUUGCAAAGUCUCUCUGUCCAAAGAUGUCUCAGGCAUUUGGGCGACAUGUGGACUUCCUGGGGGAUGCAAUUGAAGGCAAAAUCUCGCUGGGCUGUGAUAUUGCUACAUGGAAGGCUUAUGUAUCGUGCUUUGUUGGCUUGGUGGUUACCUUAGUGCCAACUUGGGUAGCUGAAGUUAAACCGAACACACUCAAGAAACUGGCCAUUGGGUUGAGGGGGUGGCAUGAAUCUGAGCUAGCACUCUCACUGCUUGAAAGAGGGGGACCUGCGACCAUGGGAUGUGCAGCAAACCUAUUUAUGUAAGUAGCUGUUGGAACUAGUUUGUUAGCAGAACUUGCCCAUUUUUGCGAAACCAGGGAGACUAAUCUGGAGAAGACAUUCUGCAGCUUUGAGGCGUUACUGUAGGUCAUUGAAGAGGAGAUAAUAAUGUUAGGGACAUGUUGGUAUUUUUCAAGGGAAAAUUGCUUUGGGCAUAGAAAAUCGAGUUAACAGAUUGUGUACAGUUCAUGAUCAUACUGAUAAAUCCAAUGUGAAGAAAUAUGAGACAGAACCCUAGUACCUGGUGCUGGGCACGCGAUUUGUAUAUUCUUCCUUAGGUUCAAUGUCUUGCUGUCAAAAACACUAAUAGGUUAGGUAAACAAAUGAGUUACGAAAAUUAGAAUGAAUACACAUUGUUCUAUUGAA